UCUUUUUUCAGUAUUUAAGUUUCUCUCUCUCUCUCUCUCUCACCAUCUCUCUCACACACACACAUCCCACCAACAAACCCUGAUCCACCUCUCAAAUCUCCCUGAAAUUCAAACACGCCACUACCCCUCACCUCGGUCAAAUCGUCUAUCUGAUCCCUACCCGCCAAUUAAACCUCAUCGAUAUAUACAUACAUCCCUUAUAUCUAUACCCACACCCCCACCCAUAUAUAAAACCUGUCGGUGCUGCUCAACACAACUCUUCUCUUCUUCCUCCCUUCUCUUUCUAAACCAAUGGAUGAUCCAAACGGCGUCGUUAAGCGAAAACCCGAUACCCGCCCCUAUAAAGGGAUACGGAUGCGGAAGUGGGGAAAAUGGGUGGCCGAGAUUCGGGAGCCGAAUAAGCGGUCCAGAAUCUGGCUCGGCUCCUAUUCGACUCCUGUCGCGGCCGCUCGAGCUUAUGAUACGGCUGUGUAUUAUCUCCGCGGCCCGUCGGCUCGGCUUAAUUUUCCCGAAUUGUUGGUGUCGGAUGGCGGGUUGGAUGAGUUGUCGGCCGCUUCGAUUCGGAAAAAGGCGACGGAGGUUGGGGCCCGGGUUGACGCAGAGACGUGCGGCGCCGCCGCACGUGACCGUGGUGGGCCCCGAUUGGAAGUGAAGGCGUGUUGGUUUGAAGAGAAACCGGAUUUGAAUAAGAAGCCGAAGCCUGAGCCUGAGCCUGAGUCUGAGCCUGAGCCCGAGCCCGAAUCUGAGGGCCCGAAUAGGGAGUGAUAAGUGGUGGAAGAAGGGGUUAGGGAACAUCAUACUCGAGCGACUGAUCAAAUCAAGCAAAGUUGUUGGUCAACUCUCGUUAUUGGAAUUAUAAUGAUCGGGUUCUUAACUUUUGUAAUUGUUACUUCCGUUAAUAAAAAAUAUUUAAUCGACUGUUUUGAAAGAUUAAGGUUUGUAUCGAUUAAUUUAUGAAAGUAACUUUUUUUA